AUGGAGCUGGCCAAAGCCAUUGGUGACGCCCUGGAAGACAUUUUGUAUAUGCUGACAUUCUCCAUCAUUAACGGCCUCAUCAUCCUCGCCCUCUUCUAUUUCGUUAUAAACAUCUUGCCGCACAUCAUACGUUUCGUCACGCCAAUUCUCUCUCCUCCCUUGUCCCGGGUCUCUUCUGCAGUCUCCAAACUCAAACGUCCUCGAUCCUACACUUUAGCCAUGCAACCAAUCGGUCCUGUACCUUCAGAUACCUAUCACACCGCGUUUCUUCUCGCCCAGGUCAUGCCUGUUGACUUGGUACCGACCGUCCUCGACAUGGCAGGGUUCUGGCUUGAUGCUCCCCUCGCCUCAACAACCCAUCCCUUUCAAGUGGUAGAAAGAACUGCAGGUUCAGAGUACCUGAUGGCGGAGCUGCCAGAAACCUUUCCAGGAAAGGCCCUGCGUACACUCACCUUUACUGUCACUUCCAAAGACCAAGGUUACAGUUGGGACAACCAUUUUCACGGAACCUAUCUGAAUAGUUGGACCUGGUUUGAGGUGGUGAUCUUUUCCCCGGAGUCAGGGCGGGCUACUGAGCCGAACCGAGCGAGAACCCCAAUCUCGAGAAGGAAGAUCAUCACCAAUGUCCACGCAGGCAGAGAGUACAAAACUCAUACUGUCCGGUGGAGUCACAACGAUCGUGACGAGGAAAUUAGGAAACUUAUGAGAAGUAUUCGUGGUGGAAUGAGGAUCGCCAUCACUGUCUGGGCGAGGUAUCCCGCUUGGGUCAACGAUGUGAGAAGUGCCAGAAUCGACUGUCAAGUGAAUGCAGUGCGGAAAAUGUGA